UGUAAGCGUCUUUAUAAGAUACCUUUCAGAACUCUUGAGGAUUUAUCGCUGAUCAUGGCGAAGAUCGCUUUAGGAACCCGGCAUGAAGUCACCAAGCCUGAUUGCAUCAGAGCCCUCGUCGUCGAGUUUAUCACCACCUUCCUUUUUGUGUUUACUGGAGUUGGAUCUGCCAUGGCUGCCGACAGGCUAGUGGGAAAUGGGCUGUUGGGAUUGUUUGCUGUGGCAGUGGCUCAUGCACUGGUGGUGGCGGUGAUGAUAUCCGCCGGUCACAUCUCCGGCGGCCAUCUGAAUCCGGCAGUCACACUUGGCCUUUUGUUCGGCGGUCAUAUCACCCUGGUUCGAUCUAUUCUGUAUUGGAUUGACCAACUUUUGGCAUCUUCAAUUGCUUGCAUUCUCCUCAAGUAUCUCACCGGUGGACUGGAUACGCCAAUUCAUACACUUGCAAGUGGAGUAGGAUAUGGUCAAGGAGUGGUGUGGGAGAUUGUGUUGACUUUCUCUUUGUUAUUCACUGUGUAUGCUACAAUUGUUGAUCCCAAGAAAGGAAGUCUUGAUGGGUUGGGUCCGAUGCUCACUGGGUUUGUAGUAGGAGCCAACAUCUUGGCCGGCGGUGCGUUUUCUGGUGCAUCAAUGAACCCUGCACGUUCAUUUGGACCAGCUCUGGUCAGUUGGGACUGGACUGACCACUGGGUUUACUGGGUCGGACCCCUCAUGGGCGGUGGCCUUGCAGGGUUUAUGUAUGAAAAUUUCUUUAUUGUCAGAUCUCAUGUUCUCGUUUCUCAUCAAGAUGACUCUUGUUAGUUUUCUCAUGUGUCUCAUUUGAUUUGAAGGGUGAGAAGUAUCUCUAAGCUUUUCUUGAUGUCAAAUAAGGAUUACUACUCUACUGUAAAAUCUGAUAUAUCUAAAAUUCUACUUGUACUUAUUUUAGGUUUUGAUGUUUAUCUAUUUGGCGUAACAUGUUUGUCAA